CCGACAGCCGCCGACAUUAAAAUCAGUCGCCAUCUUUGCUACAACCUUUCAAUCGUCCCACGGAUUCGCGGGCGUUUCAUCGCCGUUUUUCAAUGUUUUGCUCAACCAAAACGUUAUUUUUCUUCUCUAAAGCCACGUAAAAACUUUUCGGUCUCUUGCGUAACAGUUCGGUGUGAAAAUGAGCUUUUUCGGGUUCGGACAGACUGCGGAUAUCGAAAUCGUUUUCGAUGAUGCUGACAAACGGAAGGUUGCCGAAGUGAAAACGGAUGACGGUAAAAAGGAGAAGUUGUUGCUGUAUUACGACGGCGAGACAGUCUCGGGGAGAGUGAACGUGACAUUGAGGAAACCGGGUUCCAAACUCGAGCACCAAGGAAUCAAGGUCGAACUAAUAGGUCAGAUCGAAUUGUUCUACGACAGAGGAAACCAUCAUGAGUUUAUCUCGCUAGUCAAAGAGCUGGCACGUCCAGGCGACUUGUUGCAGCACACAUCGUAUCCUUUCGAGUUUUCGAACGUCGAAAAACCGUAUGAAGUGUACACUGGAGCAAAUGUCAGGCUAAGGUAUUUCCUACGAGCGACCAUCGUUCGGCGCCUCACUGACAUAGUAAAAGAGGUUGAUAUUGCUGUCCACACACUAUGCAGCUAUCCCGACGUCCUCAAUUCCAUAAAAAUGGAAGUAGGGAUUGAAGACUGUCUCCACAUAGAAUUUGAGUACAACAAAUCAAAAUACCACCUCAAAGAUGUGAUAGUUGGUAAAAUCUAUUUCUUACUUGUCCGUAUCAAAAUCAAGCACAUGGAAAUAUCGAUAAUAAAGAGAGAGACCACUGGUUCUGGGCCCAAUACAUUUACUGAAAAUGAAACCGUUGCCAAGUAUGAAAUAAUGGACGGUGCUCCAGUGAGAGGAGAAAGCAUUCCCAUAAGAGUAUUCCUAGCUGGAUAUGAUCUAACACCCACUAUGAGGGACAUAAACAACAAGUUUUCUGUGCGGUAUUAUCUGAACCUAGUGUUGAUGGAUACAGAGGACAGGCGUUACUUCAAGCAACAAGAAGUGACACUAUGGAGGAAGAGUGAUAAGUCUAGAUUGCCUCUGCACAAUCCGCACCACCCACAAACCCUAUCUCAUCCAAGCAACUCAAUGCCCAGGCAACUGAGUGCCUCCAGCGAAGACAACUCCACAAGAGGCAUAUCUCCAUCUCACCCAGACAACAUCCUUCAAAGAUCCGUUUCACCUUCCAUGGCAGAUGGUGACAAACACAACGGACCCUCUGAAAUGGAGCAGGACACCUCUGAAGUGAUAACGGAAAAAUUGACCAACUCUCACAUUGAAAACAAUGAAGUGGAGGUACCAGUUGCAGCUGUAAAACCUAUUAUGACUGAAAAGCCGCAAGUUGCUGAGAAGCCCCUGAUUGCUGAGAAACCACAGAUAGCUGAGAAGCCAGUCCUUAGCCGACCAGAAAGUGUAGAAGCCACUCCGAGUCAAUAGCCGAUAUGCAUUUGCUCGGUGGACUUAUCCGUCGCCGGCGAUAUAAACUGUAUGUUUUCCUACUUGAAAACUAUUGUAUAAUGGACAAAAGAAGAGCCCAUAUAGUAAUAAACUGAAAUUGUUAUGGUAUGGAUAACUAAUUUUCAUGUUGAAACAACUGCANUAACUGCAAUGGUGCAGUGAAUGCACUGUUAAAAUUGAGUUACUUUACUUUACUGUAAGUGUACAUUGCUCUGUUCUAACAUAAAAGUUUACAAAAAUAUUAGAAACCAUCACUAGACUUUUAAAGAUGUUGAUACAUUCUGUGUGCAGUUAGAUAUAAUUGAAAAUAUGCAAUAAUGUUAAUAAAAAAUACUUCAUCAAAUGAAGUCCUGUAUCAUGACUGACUUCAAUGUGUACAUGUACACAACAAUGGAGUCGUAAGUCAUAAAAAUGAUGUUUUGGGCUUGAAGAUGAUUCAUAAGCCAAAAGUUACUAUCCAAUUAAGUUUUACCAGACUGCGAUAGAAACAAAAUCACGAAUAAAAUUAAGUAACUAGCUGCUAAAUAAGCACUGUGUGUACAUAGAUAUAUUUUUGUGUUUGGUUGGAUAGUUUAAAAGAUAAAAUAUUGUAGUGCCUGCCUGUUUCAUUGGUCACCUUAUCACUUGUUUGUGGAUGUAUAAAUUAUCUAAACAGUGGACAUCGACUUUAAACUUAUUAUUGCUUCAAAUACAAAUUCAAUGUCAGAUAGGAGUAUUUGCAUAAUAUUAUUGUUACUUUCUUGACUAUUAGUAUGUCAAAAUUAUUUAAUAUUACGUCCAAAGAGUCAUGAGCUUGCAUUUUAGUUGAAACAAUAAGACAUGCACAAUAUUGUUGAGCAAUAUUAUUGUUAGUCUUCGCUUUGCAGCUACGUUUUUUAAUAUUUUUUUAUUAAUACAUUCAAAUUCAGCACACUUAUCUCAGACACGGAAGACGGAUGUUUAGUAGUACUAAUAUUGGUGUUGGAUAAUCUCAUGUGAUCAUUUAAUACUGUAAAAUAUCUUAUUACACUAUUUUAUAUUCUCAUAUUCAUUGAAUGGUCAAAAAGGCUUAGCACUACAACGCCUAAUAUGUUUUAAAAGGAAAUAACUAUGAAUCAUAAUCUUGUAUGUGCUUGUGUGCCAUCAUGUAAUUGGAGAACAUGCCUCAGUUACAUACAAACGGUACCUACAGUUCCAUUGAGUAAUCAAAUAUUUAGGUAAAUAACUGAUAUAGGCGCACCUUUUACUUCGUUAUUUCAUUAUGUAUUAUUUCGAUCGACAUAUCAUUGUAGAAACAAUGAUAGUAACAUUUGUGUACCUACCAUCAAUUUGUUUCAAUUUAGACUGUCAUAUGAAGCUGGGAUCAAUUGGAUCUUUGUUGAGUUUGGAAUAUUAGGGAUCGAAUACUGUGAGUAAUGCAACAACACACUUGAAAGUACGACUUCACAGGUUCUCACGCUUCCCUCAGGUACACAACGAAAGCAAAAUAUUUAUCGAUUCAACUUUCAUCAUAGUUGAAACAAAUGAAUCUAUGUUGAGACUAUUGUCUGUAAAAAGUAUACUGAAAUGUGUAAUUAUGGGAUAUAAUAUUAAAAUAUAGUGAUGAUUUAGUUCUAAAGAAAUGCUGGCUGCGGGUAUGGUUAUUUUAGAGAGUUAAUACAAACUAUUGAAUGUUUCCGCUUUCUGUGCAAUUUUGUUUAAAUGACGAUAUGAAGUAUGAACAUACAAAGAAACCUACGCCUGCAGUCAGCCUAAAAUAGUUAUUAAUUUAUGUAAAUUAGGAGAAAGUCCAUGUUAUAUAAAACAUUAUUCUGUUAUACCUAUAUCUUAAAUUGUUUGAUUUUAGUAUCAUAUU